UUCCACAAUUCUCUAUGUUUUUGUAUAUUGUCCGUUCUAGCCCUGAAGAAUAAACGCAAAGUUGGGCCGAAAUUUGGCUUUUAAUAUAAAUAAUUUCAUUUUUUUGCUAAGUGUCAUUAAGAUAUUUUGCAGGUUUACAUGGUUGACGCUCUACUGUUUGUAUUUAAAGUUUGAGCCAUGUGAUAAAUGGUGUUUUCUUCACAAAGGGUAUUUUAGUAUGUGUUCUUUGUUGUGGUUGCAUAUGCAAAAUACGAUUUUUGAAGGAUAUUUUGAUUUUAUUUUUUAAGUGGGUCUCCGAAGACAAUAGUGAAUUAGCAUAGAUACUGUUUAACAAUGAACGCAUUCAAACAGUAUCUACUGAAUGACACCGUAUGACAAUGGGCGAGCGCUGUCGCAGGUUAACCUGUAGGAGGCAUCCGUGGCCGCCUCUGGGAGGGGAAGACCUCCCCACCACCCGCCUACCGGCCAGUGGUGGCUCACCGAGCCGCCUGGACGAACCGAACUCUCAACACGACGGGAGUCCGAUGUUGAAGCUACUUGUGAGGAGCAAGAGUACCCGAGGCGAUCCUCCGGCCAGCUCCAUUGUCAUCACCAACAAGAGGUUCUCCGCCGUGGAGCCCGACCGCCCUGAACCGACACGCAAGCCUACCGCCAAGUUGAGGGAAGGCCUCAGGCACAGGACUCAUGCGUCCCGUCGGAACCAUCAGGUAUGCAGGAGUCUCCGGCAGACCAGCUCUAUGUCUUACACAACCCAGCCUCACGCCGCAGAGCCAAGUGUUGCGAUGAAGAGGCGAUCCAUGAGCUGUGAAGUAUUAGUAAACAAAAGAGAGGAAGCUGAUGUUCUGAACCAGGUGAAAGUCGAGUGGUUUAACCGAACGAAUGCCGAUACCAACGCAACCCGUGACCAAGCCGAGAUUUACGCGGAACAGUUUUCACUAGCCCACUUUUCAGUUUAA